UUUCUGUUUUUCUUUUAUAUUUUUUCAUAACAACGUAAAAAAUUCUUUUUUUUAUUAGUUUUAAAAUUGGAAUAAUGACCACAUUAACUUUUAAAAACACAAAUUUUAUAAAAAAUAUAAUUCUAUCAAGCAAGCUAAUUUUGAAGAAUAAACUACAAAAUGCGAAUGCCGCAAAAUAUUUGUCUACUGCUCUGAAUACAAAUGAGGCGGUUGGUAAUCAGUUUAUUGAAUUCCAUGGAAUUUGGCCCGAAAAAGAACAAGCUGAUUUCUUGAAACACAUGCGAUUAAUUCCAGAUUUUAUAACUAUCGAAGAAGAACAAAAACUUUUUGAAGAAAUCGAGCCAUAUAUGAAACGGUUGCGCUAUGAAUUUGACCACUGGGAUGAUGCUAUUCAUGGCUUCCGUGAAACCGAACGUAAAAAUUGGUAUCCUCAUAAUAGAGAAAUAAUCGAAAGAGUUCGCUCGACAGCUUUCGUUGGGGAGAUUAUGCAGUAUGUUCAUGUCUUAGAUUUGGAUGAAAAAGGUGUAAUAAAGCCACACGUAGACAGUACUAGGUAUUGCGGCACAACGAUUUCGGGAAUGAGUAUGUUAUCUGAUGCUGUUAUGAGGCUUGUUCGCACGGAUGAAAAAAAAUACCAACAAGGAAAUUCAGUUCAAAACGACAGUAAUGAUGAUGAAUAUAGAAAUCAGCCUACUACUGUGUUAAAAGGAAAUUUCUAUGCUGAUAUUCUGCUAAGUCAACGUUCUUUGUACAUAAUGAGUCACUCGGCUAGGUAUAACUUUACUCAUGAAAUUCUCUCCAAUGAGAAUUCAAAUUUUAAAGGAAGUCCAGUUAAAAAAGGCAGAAGGAUAUCAAUUAUUUGUCGAAAUGAUCCAUAAUAGGAUUAUUUAAAUUAAAAAUAGAAGACCACAAAUAAAAAAAUUUUAAUCAGAAAAUAAAUUUAUUUAUUGUAAAUUAAAUUAAUAUAAAAUAUUGGAAGUUUUAA